AUGACUAUGAGUUCAAUAGAUACGAUAAAAAUUGAAACUACGAGAAGAAUUGAAGUUAAUGAACAAAUGACGACAGAUUUGAUCAAUCAAAUAAAUGAGGGUGAAAUAAUGCAAUCAGAUAAAUUUCAUCAACAACAGUAUAUGAUAGAUCAAUUAAAUUCUUCAUUACUAAGAAUAUAUAGCGAACCUAAGAUGACUAAUAGUUCAAUAGAUAUAACAAAAAGUGAAAGUGUCGUACAAGAGCAAAUAAUCAAGACAUUACAGUCUGUUACAGAAGAAGCAGUUGAGCAUUUGGAACCAAAAUUGACAAAAAAACAAGAACCAAGACCCUUCGUUCAAAAACCCUACUAG